AUGCGGCUGCUGAACACCCGUACGGGGCGGUUUGAGGAGAAGAAUCCGGAGCAGAUCACAUACGCUAUUCUAUCGCACACCUGGGACGAGAUUGAACAGACUUUCCAAGACGUGCGAGAGAUCCAGCGAUCGCCGACACGUCGGGCGGGCUUUCAUUCGCUUGACUUCUCAUGUGCGGUUGCACGAGAAAACGGCUACGACUACCUCUGGAUUGACUCGUGCUGCAUCGACAAGACGAGCAGCUCGGAGUUGUCAGAGGCAAUCAACUCAAUGUAUGAUUGGUACCGCAGCGUGGCAGUGUGCUACGCGUACCUCUCGGACGUGCCCUUUGGAGAAAAACAUCGCGCCGGGUCCUCGCGCUUUCGAUCCAGCCGAUGGUUCAAACGGGGAUGGACACUGCAGGAGCGCAUAGCGCCGUCUGCGCUCACCUUCCUCUCAGAAGAUUGGAAGGUCAUCGGAACAAAAGGCUCCCUUUGCGAUCUCGUCGAAGACGUGACGUCGAUCCCGGAGGAAGCUCUCUUGCACACGAAGCCGCUCGAUCUGUUCAGCGUCGCUGAGCGGUUCUCUUGGGCCGCCACGCGGCAGACGACGACGACGGAGGACAGAGCAUACUCGCUGCUCGGUAUCUUCGCCAUUCACAUGCCCACACUCUAUGGGGAAGGUGAACUGGCGUUCCAGCGGUUGCAAGAGGAGGUCGUGCAGCGCAUUCCCGACCAGAGCCUGUUUGCGUGGUCGCACGUCUACCUGAGCAUUAAACCCGGCUAGGAUCUGAUCAAGCCUGCGUCACUCCGGAACGCAUUGCGAAUUUCCCACGUCGCGACUGAAGCCCCCCUUGGGGCGUCGGAUGAACGAUAUCUC